AUCCACCAUCCCAACCCCAACCCCAACCCCAUCAAGAAGCACACAGACACAGAGAGAGAGAUAGUACUACUGUGCUAGCUAGCUGGAUUUUGGGAGACAGUGCGCUUGUGUGUGCGUGUGGUGAUGGAGGCGCACAUGGAGCGGGCGCUGCGGGAGGGGGUGACGGAGGCGGAGCGGGCGGCGCUGGAGGGGACGGUGCGGGCGCACCACACCUUCCCGGGGCGGGCGCCGGGGGGCACCUGCACGUCGCUGGUGGCGCAGCGCGUGGCGGCGCCGGUGCGCGCGGUGUGGCCCAUCGUGCGCAGCUUCGGCAACCCCCAGCGGUACAAGCACUUCGUGCGCACCUGCGCGCUCGCGGCCGGCGACGGGGCCAGCGUCGGCAGCGUCCGCGAGGUCACCGUCGUGUCCGGCCUCCCAGCGUCCACCAGCACCGAGCGCCUAGAGAUCCUGGACGACGACCGCCACAUCCUCAGCUUCAGCGUCGUGGGCGGGGAUCACCGCCUCCGCAACUACCGCUCCGUCACCUCCGUCACCGAGUUCCAGCCGGGCCCCUACUGCGUCGUCGUCGAGUCCUACGUCGUGGACGUGCCCGACGGCAACACCGAGGAGGACACCAGGAUGUUCACCGACACCGUCGUCAAGCUCAACCUCCAGAAGCUCGCCUCCGUCGCCGAGGACUCCGCGGCCGCGCCUGGCUCGCGGCGGCGGGACUAGAAGAGAAGAGACGAGACGAGACGAGGGCCCCCGGCAGUUCGUGGUGGGCCCGCGCGACCCGGCGUGGUGGCGGCGGCCGGACGGCGCCGCGGGUUGUUAGUUGGAGUGUACUCUGCUAUUUCGCCCCCCUCUCCUUUCCCUUUUCUGUUUGUUUUCUUCGCCCCUUUUUCCGUUGGUGUCGAAAAAAGCCUUCGGCGUAAGCAAGCAGCCUCCUUUCCUUGUGUACUCAUAUCAUCAUCUUUGUUCGUUUCUCUGGCUGCCGUUUGUGCAAUUUUCUGAGUUCCUGAUGGCUGGCGACAGCGAUGCCCAACAGGGGGAAAACUCAGGUAGCUGUUGCCGGUUGCUUUCAACAAGAUGGCGCUGAGAUAAUAAUUUUACAUUUCAUCUUUGUACCGCAAAAUACAAUAAUGAUGUCAUUCCAAUCGAUGUGCAGACUUACGGCUGGGAACUAGAUCCUC